AUGAAAGCCCUCGUGUACAGCGCCGCCGGCUCCGUUUCUAUCCAGCAAAAGCCAGACCCUGAAAUUUUAUUACCCAGCGAUGCCAUCGUCAAGCUCACCAAGACGACCAUCUGUGGUACGGACCUGCACAUCCUGAAGGGCGAUGUUGCAACAUGCCAACCUGGACGAAUUCUCGGCCACGAAGGCAUCGGGGUAGUCUCCUCAACGGGAUCGUCUGUAUCCCGCUUUUCCCCAGGGGACCGCGUGCUCAUCUCAUGCAUCUCGAGCUGUGCCGCCUGCGAAUACUGUCGCAGGGGCAUGUAUAGCCAUUGCACGACCGGCGGCUGGAUCCUAGGCAACUCCAUUGACGGCACGCAGGCGCAAUAUGCGCGAAUUCCCCACGCAGACUCUAGCCUUUACAAGAUCCCUGCCGGUGUGGACGAUGCGGCCAUGGUGAUGCUCAGUGACAUUUUCCCCACGGGUCUUGAAUGCGGUGUUCAGAACGGCAGAGUCCAGCCCGGCUCGACCGUCGCCGUGGUGGGAGCAGGACCCGUGGGCUUGGCGGCGCUGAUGACGGCGCAGAUGUACUCGCCGUCCAAAAUCAUAGUCCUUGAUAUAGAUGACAAGAGGCUGGAGACGGCAAGGGAACUUGGCGCGACAGCCACCGUGAACAACAAGGCCGAGGAUGCAGUUGCGCGUGUCAAGCAGCUGACAGACGGCAAGGGGUGCGAUGCUGUAAUCGAGGCGGUUGGAGUGCCGGCGACGUUUGCGCUAUGCCAGGAGCUUCUCGCUCCUGGAGGAGUGCUCGCCAAUGUCGGUGUCCACGGAAGCAAAGCCGAUCUUUUCUUGGACCGUCUGUGGGACAAGAAUAUUUGUGAGUCUGGCCGAGUACGGGGGAGAUGCGAAAACCUGCUAAUCGUCUCAAGCCAUCACAACAAGACUGGUCGACACAGUAUCGACGCCUAUGCUGCUGAGAAUGGUGGAGUCGGGGAAGCUCAGAGCGGCGCGGCUGGUUACACAUCGCUUCAAGUUUGA